AUCGAAUUCCCUUUUAUGUUCCCGCUCAUCUACAGGCGCAUCCGGCUCCUGCCCGAUCCUCCCGUCCAUACUGGGGGCAAGUGAUUUAUGGACCAAAGAAAGUUUCUUUUCCCGAACGCCGACCUGUAUACGAGUGCAUACUCAGUUCAAGUCAAAUCUCCCCGUCGCGACACACUCAUCUUCCUCGCGCCAGCAGCUCCUCUCUGAGCUUGGCCAUCAUUUGCCAACCCGUACACUCGUCGACAAAGGUCGCUUCCUGUCCGAGCUGAGACCAAGAGUCCGCUAGCCAUGCGCACGAAGCAGUCGGCCGAGUUCGAGAAGCAGGAGAGCACGUGGAUCUACCUGCUGCACCAGCAAGCGCCGCCACAGACGUGUCUGUCAGCCGAAGCCUCUCUCUCACUACCCCCCAUUAUCGAUACCGCACCCGGCUCCAAUGACAGCGCGCUCUUCGGCGAGUCGUCGACCCCCACGCGCGGGCUAUUGCUGCCUCCGCCAGCGGCCAACUCCACCGCUAUGAUGCUUUCAAGCCAGGACAAAGUGCAGCAAAACAGCCUAUUGACGCUAUCACUCCCCCGUUUGAGUGACCUCGGAACAGCUAAAUCGGCAUCGCCGCAUCACAGCAGCAACAAGCGUGCAUGUUUCCCCAAGAAGUGCGACUUUCCCAUGUGCAAGAAUAGCUCGCGCAGCCGCGGAUUUUGCUACAGCCACGGCGGAGGGCGUCGGUGCCGUGUGGAUGGCUGCAACAAUGGCGCCGUGAGUCGCGACUUGUGCAAACGUCACGGAGGCGGCCGACGUUGUCGCAUUGCCGGCUGCAAGAGCAGCUCUGAGAGUGGCGGUCUAUGCUACAGUCACGGCGGAGGUCGUCGCUGCAGUCUCUCGUGGUGCUCGGCGCGGGCCAAGAAGGGCGGAUUCUGCGCCCUUCACCUCACUGGCGACCGCACGCCUCCAGCCACUUCAACUUCAGAGUGUUCGUCAGACCCGAACGUCGUCGAGACGCUCUUGUCGCUUGCCAAAGACCAGGGAAACGUCAAGUUGGAGCAGACGCAGGAGACGACGACGUCCUCAAGCAGCAGCGGCAAGAGCGCGUACGCCAUCGCGUCGCUGCUCAACUGAGCGUCCAGUAACGGGAGGUCAGGGCCAGCAAACGGCGGACAAGCUCGAUCUCUUUGCCAUAUUUAAGUGCAUUCGCCUCCCCUUUGUUGUUAUUAACCGAUGAAACUAAGCAACACAAUGGAAAUUCACUGUAUAGUUUUUCUCUAUGGGACUACGUAGCCCC